GUCCCCAUUCAAAGGAGUCGACCGCUAGCGUUGAGUCUGAAAUUAAAGCUCUACCCUGAGCCGACUGAGAGAAUCCAACUCUGGUUAUUUGCCCUAACUGAUUACUUCUUCAAUACACCAUAUACUCGAUGGCUAGCGUUGCAAGAGAAGAAAGCCCCAAGUUUUUCGUGGCAGUACAUGUUGGUGCUGGAUUUCACGCGCCGUCUAAUGAGAAAGCUCUCAGGUCCGCUAUGAAACGUGCUUGCCUUGCUGCGACUGCCAUUCUUCGCAAGGGUCCUGGUGGAUGCGUAGAUGCUGUUGCAGCUGCCCUUAAGGUCUUAGAGGAUGAUCCAAGCACAAAUGCUGGCCGAGGCUCCAAUUUGACAGAAGAUGGGCACGUGGAAUGUGAUGCCAGUCUUAUAGAUGGUGAUUCUGGAGCUUUUGGAGCUGUUGGAGCAGUGCCAGGUGUCCCGAAUGCUAUUCAGAUUGCUGCUGUCUUGGUCAAGGAGCAAAUGAUGGGGUCAUCAUUGUUGGGUCGAAUACCACCAAUGUUCUUGGUUGGUGAAGGUGCUCGCGUAUGGGCAAAGGCCAAAGGCAUUGCUCUACUGGAAACUAGAAUAGAGGCUGAUAAGUGGCUAGUGACAGAUAGGGCAAGAAUGCAGUGGAAAAGGUAUAAGACAAUGCUUGUCAAUGCCAAUGCUGAAAAAAGUACUGCUGAAGGAUAUUCUGAUGCACAGGGGAAUGCAACACUAUCAGACCAAGAAGCUCAUAAUUGUAUUCCUUUGCGAGGGGAUGGGGCUAAUCAAUCCUCUCUGCCAAGUGCUUUGGAAGACGACAGCAUCAUGGACACUGUUGGAGUUAUUUGUGUGGACACUGAAGGACAUGUUGCAUCUGGGGCGUCCAGUGGUGGUAUUGCACUGAAGGUAAGUGGGCGUGUGGGAUUAGCAGCCAUCUAUGGUUCAGGUUGUUGGGCAUUGUCGAAAGGACCUUUCGGGGCUCCAUUUAUGGUUGGGUGUUGUGUUACUGGUGCUGGAGAAAACUUGAUGAAAGGCUUUGCAGCUCGGGAAUGCUGCGUCUCCUUAUCACUCUCGCAGGCUGGUCCUGCCUCUGCUUGCCUGAAAAUCCUCCGCUCUGUUGUUCAAGACAGCAUCCACAGUGGUACCGAUAGAAGUGCUGGGAUUUUACUUGUGCAGGCAGAUGCUCCUGUGAUGGUUCCCGGAAGUCCACCAAAACUGAAAGCAAUAGAGAUAGCAGCUGCAUACUCAUCAAUGUCUUUCGGCAUAGGAUAUUUUGGAAAUUCUAUGGAAAAGCCCAGAGCUUCAAUUCUUCGGAGCACAAAACGGCAAAGUACAAGUGGGAUAGACCAUUUUGAAGCAAGAAUCAAUCUUUCUACUGAGCACAUGUGACUGAAUUUGCCUCUUUAGGAUUUGUAGUGAAUAAAUGAAGGGGUGAACAAAUUUCUGAUUUUUGCAUGGAUGCAAAGGCUUGCACAUUUAUUUACUUCAAACUUUAGGUUACCGAUGACAUGCACUAGAAGUGGGGCUUAAUCCGUUAGGCCUAUAUUUAUGUCUACUUAUAUCCUUUCCUAGGCAGGAAAGAAGUGUAGGACAAAUUUGUUAAAUUGGUGAAUCAUUCGCUUUCGUCAAUAUAGCAUGUACUGACUUUAAAGAAUUCUAUUUGACUCA